CGCUCUCAAAUGUGAACACUUUAUUUAAUCAAUGUAUUUUGAAAUUAUAAGCGAACAUAAGUAUAUUAAAAUUGUGACUUAGAUUUCGUGUUUAGUGUGGAAAUUUACUAUGAAAUCACAGAUGGAGAACAAGUCGUGCCGAAGUUGUUUUGGAGCAGUUUUCAAGAUGACAAGAUAUAAACAAGCGGAGUUUGAAGAGGACUCUAGCAGUAUAGGCUCAGUCCAGUUGACUGAAGGAGUUUCAGCUACAGCCACACAUAUCCGCUACCACACGGGUUCUACACUAUGGAAGGCUCGCACACUGCUAGAGAAGUGCCUAAUCCUACUGACAGCCUCACUGGUGCUGCUACUGUUUGUGAUGGUCACUAUUCUUAGCUCACGAAGUCACAACGUUCCGUACCAGUUUCUUCAUGUGGGCACUGCUACACCAUCCAAAGAGCAAGAGUUCUGCCUGACGGGGACAUGUGUGCAGUCAGCUGCUUCUCUGUUGUCUUCUGUCGACCGCUCGGUUGAUCCGUGCGAGGACUUUUAUGAGUACGCUUGCGGCUCUUGGGUGCGAGCCAACCCUAUACCCGAUGGCAAGAGCAUGUGGGGCACCUUCGUAAAGCUGGACCAACAGAAUCUGUUUGUCGUCAAAAACGCACUUCAAAAACCAUUCAAUGAGCUGAAGAGCAAAGCUGAGCAGAAGGCUAAGUCCUACUACUUAUCUUGUAUGGAUGUCAACGAGACAGUGGAAGCUCUAGGAGCUCAGCCCAUGCUGGACCUUCUAGAUCAGGUAGGGGGAUGGAACGUGUCAGGGAGAACAUGGAAUGUAUCACUGUUCAACCUGCAGAACACUCUACACAUUCUGCAGAACAAAUACAACAUGGGCGGCCUCUUCUCAUGGGCCGUGCAGGAGGACGACCGCAACUCCAGCCUCUAUAUUAUACAGAUUGACCAAGGAGGCCUUACUUUACCCACUAGAGAUACUUACCUCAACAAGACUGCUAAUGAGAAAGUUUUGACUGCUUAUUUAGACUAUAUGACUAAGAUAGGAAUAUUGCUUGGAGGAGACCCCAACAACACCAAAGACCAGAUGCAGGAGGUUAUUGACUUUGAAACAAAGCUUGCGGAGAUCACAAUACCUUCAGAAGACCGACGGGACGAAGAAAAAAUGUAUCAUAGAGUAGCAAUUGCAGAACUUCAGGAAAUCGCUCCUUUUAUGUCCUGGAAAGAAUAUUUCUCAGAUGCACUUAGGUUAGUCAACAAGAAGAUCACAGACAAAGAGAAAGUGGUUGUAUACGCUCCUGAUUAUCUGAGAAACCUCACUCUUAUAAUUAAAGAAUACAACUCUACGCUAGAAGGAAAAACAAUCCUCAACAACUACCUGGUGUGGCAGACUGUUCGAAGUCUGACUGCGUGUUUGUCAAAACCGUUCCGUGAUGCCUACAAGGGUCUGCGUAAGGCUCUCAUUGGGGCAGAGGGGGGAGAAGAGCCAUGGAGGUACUGCUUCUCGGACACUAACAAUGUCAUUGGAUUCGCUCUCGGAGCUAUGUACGUCAGAGAACUGUUUCAGGGCAACUCCAAAUCCAUGGCUGAAGACAUGAUCAAUACCAUUAGAACAGCGUUCAAAGAGAACCUAAAAGAUCUCAACUGGAUGGAUCCGGAAACUCGAAUUUUGGCAAUGGAGAAAGCUGAUGCCAUCACAGACAUGAUUGGUUUUCCAGAUUUUAUACUAGAUUCAGAUAAGCUGGACGAACGGUACAAAGAUCUCCAGGUCAAUGAGAACACAUACUUUGAAAAUAACAUCCACGCUAACCAGUUCAACCUGAGAAGAAAUCUUCAGAAUUUGGGAACGCCUGUGAAUAAAACAAGGUGGAACAUGACACCUCCUACUGUGAAUGCCUACUACACUCCAACCCGUAAUCAGAUUGUUUUCCCCGCCGGGAUCCUGCAGACUCCGUUCUACGACAUCAACCAUCAACAAGCCCUCAACUACGGGGCUAUGGGGGUGGUUAUGGGGCAUGAGCUCACUCACGCGUUUGAUGAUCAAGGAAGAGAGUAUGACAAAUUUGGCAACCUUCAUCAAUGGUGGAACAACAAGACUAUAGAGAAGUUCAAGAACCAGACAGAAUGUGUUGUGAAGCAGUACAGUAGCUACGAGAUCAACGGAAAACAUCUCAACGGAAAACAAACUCUAGGGGAGAAUAUAGCUGACAACGGAGGACUGAAGGCUGCGUACAGAGCUUAUUUGGACUGGGUGAGACGCAACCAUGAAGAGCCUCCUCUGCCGGCCCUCAACCUUACACAUCGUCAGCUGUUCUUCCUCAGCUUCGCACAGGUUUGGUGCUCGGCCAGCACGGAAGAAGCCACCAAUCUACAGAUAGAGAAGGAUGCUCACGCCCCACCCAAGUUUCGGGUGAUCGGGUCACUCUCAAACUCACCCGAGUUUUCAAAGGAGUUCAACUGUCCUUUGGGCUCCAAGAUGAAUCCUGUAAAUAAAUGUGAAGUCUGGUAGACAGAAGAACGUUGUGAUUGGUGACGACGAGUGUGUGUGUCAAGCUCAUCUUAAAUUAUGCUUAGAAAACUUACAAAUCUAGAGACAAAAUAACAGAAACAAAACUAAAAGAAAAAGUUGAAAUAUUGGUAACAUUAGCAAAGGGUGUUUUUAUAACAAACAAAUAAAUUUAAAACAACAUCAUACAUUUAGUAAUAAAAUGUUAGGCUUUUCAAUCAAUUGAUAAAACAACUAAAAACAUUUUCAAAUAAUUAACUGACACAAAAUAUUUAUUUUGUAUACCCUAAUAUUUUUCACCAAAGUUAUCUUCUAGUCAAAUAUAAGUAUCUAUAUAAAAUCCUAGCAAUAUAUGAGUUAGUUGGUGAAAAAAAUACUAUUUUUUUUCAAAGGAAACAUGUAAGUGUAUUAAGGACUUGAUGGUUGCAUAUCUUUGAAGUAAGAAGUAUUGAACCCAUUGCUUUGAUACUAUUUCUUUUAAAUCCAAACAAUAUUUAAAACUAUUUAAUCUAAAGUAUUAAGACAUUCAAAGGUGUCUUCAGUAUGGGACCAAGUCCUUUCCAUUAUCAUUCUGAAAGGGAAAUUAUUAUAGGUUCUGUUAUGAUAUCCAAAGGGUGAAUUUAAAAACAUCUAAAUAAUUUCUCAUAAAAUAAAUAAACAUUGGUUAAAGAAUGAUGAUGAUAAAAUAAAAAGGAAUUUAAAUGACAGAAACUACUUUUUAUUUAUGUUAUUUCUUGUAAUAAGAUAUAAUUACUAAUACUUAAAGGAAAUUUUGAAUUAAAGUAAACUCUUGGAAUUCUUUGGCUAUAUUGUCUGUACAUGUCACAGUGUUAUUAAGAGGAUUGUUUUAAUUUAGAGUGUUACAAGAGGAAGGCUGAGUCACAUAAGGUACCUAAGGCUCUAUUCCCAAAAAACUGUCAAAUGUGUUAUUGACAGGGCAAAUUAAACGGUUUCCAACUAAGUGAUUAACUUUAAUGUGAAAAUCCGGCUUCAGAAGGACCAGAAUAAAACUUGUAAAUAUGUUUAUGUGAUAAUGUUGCUUAUGUUUAAGCUUGUGUUGAAAUCCUUUCAAUGCAACUGGUUGAACAAAAUAUUUAUGUACCGGUUCCUAAUUUUUAUCCAUCAAGAAUUAUGUAUUUAUUUACCUACACUCCGUUCACAAAACUUAGAUGGUUUUAGGGGAAGAAAUCUAUAACCUCCAGUUAAUCUUAACUUAAACUAAUAUUUCAACAGCUGAGAUAUCAAUCAGCUGCAAAAUGUAUAUUAAGCCAAAAAGUAGUGGGGGAACUUCCCCCCAAACCGCCUGAAUUUUGUUAACAGACUAUAACUUUCUUAUUGUAAAUGCUAUUGCUGAGUUGAAUAACUACAGUGAAAAAUCAACAUUCAUAUUAUUAAAGCAGCUAUAAUGUGAGUCGAAAGUGUUUGAAACAGAAUAAAAUGAUAUUGUCCAGAUAAAACUCAAAACUGUGAAUAAAUAAAGAUCCAUAUUCUAUGCAGCUUUAAAUUUCUCUUUGUAUUCAAAAGAGAUUGUCGAGUAUCCAAAUUUAAGUGGAAAACUUAACAUCAUGUAUAAAACUGUUAGUAGCUUAAAUUAACUCAAACUACACAUUGUUGCUUCAUAAACAAUUGUUUAUUCGAAUAGAGCUCAACUUAUCAGGUAGGGUUUUAACAGAUUGUAAUAAUUAAAACAUGUAUUUAAUUUUUGUUAAUUAUUUACCCACAGACAAUUAACAGAAGUCAAUAUAGGAUUAGUCCAUUUCUUUUAAGGUUAAUUUAGUUGUUAGAUGUAGCGUUGUGUUGUUUAUCAAAAAACCAUGUUAUAAUAACUUUGUAAACUAAUAGCUUUAUUGAACAAAAACUCAACUUUGGAAAAUCCAUUGAAAAAAAAUUAAUUAUAAAUUUACUAUGCUAUUGACUUAAUAUUUGUUAAGAUUUGGUAUUGGAUGUUGAUCCUACUGGUUCUUUUAGCCUUACAUUUCUAUACAAUGGUACUGAGGAAAAAUCACUUGUGUCUUUAAGUAAAAAUUAUAAUAGUAAAUGCGGCUCCAGACAUACGCCAUUUGCCAAGCGCCGAGCAGCGACUCGCCGAAUCGCGAGUAGUGUGGAUAGGUGUUUGUCUAUUAGGUGUUGUCUAUAUGUUUGUCUGGAUAGGUGUUCCCGUUCAUUGUCGGUAUUUUUGCACACAUCAAAGUGAACAAAUAUUUGCUAUUCCCAAAACGAACGAAAAACGGACAGUGGCUCGGAAAAGAACACAUGGUGUUGAUGUGUACUAUAGCAAGACACAUGUUGUGCGAAUAGCAAGACAACUAGAUCGCCGAACGUCAAAUAUUUUGUUGGCAAACGGCACAUGUCUGGAGCUGUCUUUAAGGAAAGAAACCACCAAAUCUAGAUAAUUUAAAAUCAUUAAGAUGCGUUUGGAAAACAUUGCAUCUUUGGUUAAUAAUCAUUUUAUUCUAACAAACUUUAAAAAGAAAAAUUGUUGUAAUUUAAUUUAACUCAAUACUUAUGUUUCCAUUUUUGGGGCAACUAUGAACAAAUUUGUAAUUAUAUUUUUAGUUGAUUUUCCUACUUUCAAUAUAACAAUCUGUUUCAGUAUGUUUAGUAUUUUGAUAAGGUCCACAAGACGUUAAACUGUAUGGGCUUGUUUGUAAGAGAUGUUUUGUAUUUUAACCAUAUAUUAUAAUCUUGUCUGUGAUAUCAUGCUAGUAUUGUAAGUACUGUGAGUCUCUAGGACUUGUAAUUAUUUACCUGUUGUGUGUAACAUUUAUGUUGAUAAUAUCAUUAUGCAAAUACACUAAAGUUGUAU